UGGAAACCAGAUAAAGCAAAGAAGAAAAAGGCCGACCAUCUUCCCGGAAAAGAGAUGAAAAAGACUUAGAUAUAUUGGAAUAUAGCUCAAUUACUCAAUUAGCUGAUGUUUUAGUUUAGCCUUCCUUGUUUAUGCGAAGUACCUCUCAUCACUUGCAGCAGUUAAUGGCUUCCUCUUCUUCUUCUUCCAUUACUCCUAAACUAGAGCAUGAGGUUUUCCUUAGUUUCCAUGGUGUGGACACCCGAACAAACAUUACCAGCCAUCUGUAUGAAGCCUUUUGUCAGAAAAAGAUUAAAACUUUCAUUGAUGAUAAGCUUAAUAGAGGAGAAGAAAUUUCUCCCUCUCUUUUGAAGGCAAUUGAACAUUCAAAGAUCUCGGUUAUCAUUUUCUCUAAAGGUUACGCUUCCUCCAGAUGGUGUCUCAAAGAACUUGAAGAGAUUGUUAAAUGUAAGAACACGUAUGAUCAGAUCGUAAUACCAGUCUUCUAUCAAGUAGAUCCAUCUGAUGUCAGGAAUCAAACUGGGGAUUUUGGGAAAGCAUUUGCUGAGCUUGAAAAGCGUUUUAUGGAUGAUUCAGAAAUGUUGCAGAGAUGGAGGACUGCUUUGAGGGAUGCAGCCAGCAUUUCUGGUUAUGAUUCAAAGAACUCUAGGAAUGAGACAACACUGAUAAAAGAUCUUGUCAACGAUGUAUGGAAGAAAUUGGAUUACAACUCCUCUGUUAUUCCUUCCAAAUACCUAGUUGGACUAGAGUCAUCAAUCGAAGAGAUUGAAAAUUUAUUAUGUUCAAAGGGUGUUUGCAAGCUAGGAAUUUGGGGCAUCGGGGGCAUAGGAAAAACUACUCUUGCUGAUGCUAUAUUUAAAAAAAUCUCUAAACAAUUUGAAGAAUCUUACUUCAUUUCAAAUAUUAGAGAAGAAUCAGAAAAAAGUGGGGGACUAAAUGACUUAUGCCAAAAACUGAGUUCUGCAGUUUUAGAGGAUGAACAUCUCAAUCAUAGAUUCACCUUCACAAGAAGAAGUCUUAUUAGUAGAAAAAAAGUUCUUAUUGUAUUUGAUGAUGUAACGAAUUUAAAUCAAAUGCAAUGUUUAAUGGCAAUUUUUGGUGAGUUGGAUUCAUACAAUCGAAUCAUUAUAACGUCAAGGGAUAAACAUGUGCUAAGAAAUUGUGAAGUGGAUCACAUUCAUGAGAUGACAAAGUUAUCUCCUGAUGAUGCUUUUCAACUUUUUGCCCUACAUGCCUUUAGAGGAAACCCUCCAACAGAAGAUUAUAUCAAGCUAUCAUUUGAAGUAGUAGAUUAUGCUAAAGGUCUUCCACUAGCUCUUGAAGUUUUAGGUUCUUUUCUAUUCACUAGGACAAAGAGAGAAUGGGAAAGUGUAUUAGAAAACUUGAAAACAAGUCCUCCUGUGGAUGUCCAAAAAGUGUUAAAAAUAAGUUACGAAGGAUUAGAUGAUAAACAGAAGUGUGUAUUUUUGGAUAUUGCACGUUUUUUUAAAGGGUGUAAAAGAGAUUUUGUAGAAGCAAUCUUGAAUGAUCGUAACUUAGACGCUUAUAUUUGUAUAAAUGUUCUCAUUGAAAGGUGUCUUAUAACUACUUCAUAUGACACCAUAACAAUGCAUGAUUUACUUGAAGAAAUGGGUAGAGAAAUUGUUCGGCAAGAAUCAAUUGAUAAUCCUGGCGAACGUAGUCGGUUGUGCGAUCAUGAUGAUAUAUUUUCAGUAUUGAAGAAUAAUACGGGAACUAGAGCAAUUCGAAGCAUAUGCUUGGAUAUGUCUAAAGUAGAAGAGUUGCAUUUAAAUCGUGAAGUUUUCAACAACAUGCAAAAUCUACGAUUCUUGAAAUUUUAUAGGUCUCAACAUGGAAAGAAGGUGCCUGAAUCUGAUUCCUCUGCAUUGCGUCGUAUCUUGAGAUGGUUGAAAAGAGAAAACUCCAAUGAUGGAAAGGUGCAUGGUUUUGAGAAACUUAAGUUUGAUUUCUAUGAGAUAAGGCACUUUUGCUUUCAUGGAUAUCUUGACAAAUCAUUGCCGCCAAAUUUUAAUGCAAAGAACCUUGUUGCACUUUACAUGCCUGAAAGCAAAGUUAAAAAACUCUGGACUGGUAACCAGGUUCUUCUUAAUUUGAAAUAUAUUGACCUUAGUUACUCUAAGCAUCUACGCAGAAUACCAGAUUUUUCACUUAUGCCAAAUCUUGAGAGUUUGAUUCUAACAUAUUGUACAAAUUUGCUUGAGGGUUUCUCAUCCAUCCAUAAUCUCCAUAAACUUGUUAUCUUGAAUCUACAAGGAUGCGAAAGCUUUGAUAAUCUUCCAAUUAGUUCUAAUUGCCAAUCUCUUCGAGAAGUUAAUCUCUCCAACUGCUCAAAUCUCAAAAAAGUUUCAUAUCUCCCUAGUACAGUGGAAAAUUUAUAUCUAGAUGGAACUACCAUUAAAGAAUUUCCAUCAAUAGGGCAUUUAUUUAGACUAGUAAGAUUGAGUCUUAGAGAAUGUUCAAAGCUUGAGAGAUUACCAAAUAGUAUUGGUGAGUUGAAAUCUCUUAAAAGUCUUUAUCUUUCGGGUUGUUUCAAACUUGACAGAUUGCCUAAUGACAUGGGAAAUUUACAAACUCUGGAGAAACUGGUACUGGAGGAAAUUUCUUUUGCAGAAAUACCAACAUUUAUGAUAAGUUUGGUCAACCUGAAGAUAUUAUCUUUGACAAGAUGUAAGAUGCAGAAGCGAUUGGGUAUCCCACUCGUCGAUUUAUUUGUCUUCCAAAGAAUGACAACGCUACACCUGAUUGAUUGUUGCAUCGAAGUGUUACCCAACAAUAUUGGCCAAUUAUUCUCACUUGAAUAUUUAAAUCUUGGCCAAAACAAUUUGGAGACGCUACCAGAGAGCAUCAAAGACCUCUCUAACCUGCGAAGUCUUUAUUUAUGCAAUUGCCACAGGCUUAAACACUUACCGGAGCUUCCAAGCAGUCUAGAGGAAAUUAGUGUAGUGAAUUGCGUAUCUCUUGAAUCAAUAUCAAAUUUCCUAUGUAAGGAUUCUUCUAUUGCGCACAUCAACUUCUUCAAUUGUUUCAAAUUAAAAUUUGAGCUGGCAGAUGCUCUCUUGAAUUUUGAGAGAAGUUCAUACUAUCGAUUUUAUCGUCGUAAAGAUAUCUCUUCUCGUUGGCCAAUGACGUGCUUUUUUUACCCUGGAUGCGAAAUUCCAAAGCAUUUUGACUUAAAAAGUAAUGAAUCUUUUGUAGAGUUUCCAAAAGGUUGGGUCAAUGAUAACAUAGUUGGUUUCGCUUUCUAUGCUGUUGUAUCAUUACAAGACUAUCAACAACUUGGAAAUUACCAUGUUGGAUUUCGCCUGAUUAUUAAUGGAAAGGUUGUUUCUGGUCUUUUUUUAAUUAACGAUGGGCAUCAGUUUCUUGAAGGUGAGGAUGUUAUUGAAUCAGAUCAUGUAUUCAUAAGUUAUAAGUUCUUUAAGAACUACUGGGUAAAUUCGAAUAGUCAGGGUGUUGUUGAGUUCUUCAUUAAACAUGCAACUAAGAAUGGUAUGGUUCAAGGCCAGGUGAAAAAAUGUGGAUUGACUUUGUUAUAUGCCAAAAAUAAUGAUUAGAGAAGAGAUGCAAGAGUGGACAGAGAUAUGACAUUUUUCCCCGGCCUUGUUUUUUGGAGUUACAACAAUAAACAUUUUGCAAGGUAUCCUUUCUUUUAUUUUUUUGUAACCUAACCUUUAAUUGUUUCCUCUAGUUAUUUCUAAAUCAUUUCCCUUUCGUUACAAAUAUGUGAUUUAUAUGUUAAGCAUGAAAGGUGUCUUAUACGUUUAAAUUGUUUUAUCAAGUUAUUGUUCAUAACUCAACAUGUCAAUAACUUCAUAUGAUUAAGAUUUUGAUUAUUAUUUUUUGCUUUUUAUUUUAGAGAGAAUGAUUAUACAGUGAUCUCAACCCAUAGCCUAUGGAAAACGGUAUUGUGUCACUCAAUUUGUCAUAUGUAGAAAUUACAUAAGGCUAUGCUGAUAUUGGUAUUAUUGUUAUUAUUAAUGGAAAUAUUCAUUAUAUUUUUAUGAGAUUGAUGAAAGAUCUCAUAAACGAUUGAAACUUGAAGGUUGAAAUGUUGUUAUAGAAAAGGUAAUUGCAAUACUCAGGUACGUUCCAGGGGUAUUUAUGUCUUUCGGCCUUGCUUUGAGACAUUCCAGCUUUAAAUAAAUAUGUUCAAAUGUGUGUUGGUGUAUAUCUAUAUAAAACAAUUGCAAAAAGACAAAGAUGUAUAUAUAGAUAUAUAUCUAUAUUAAAAAGUAUGUAUAUAUAUAAAGAGAGAAAAAAACAAAAAAGAGAACUUUAUGCCUUUUUCCAUCAUCUUCUCCCAUCUCUUCCAGAAGAGAGCGGCCUUCUUCAUGCUUUUUCUUUGUUUUUGGAAGGAAAGUGGAUGAUUUGAAGGGUUUUGAAAGAAAAGUAAGAAAAGAAAAAAAGAGAAAACACUUUGGAGGCCUUGGUAACUAAAAGAUCUCCUUCUUUUCCCCUUACCUAUGUUUAUAUAUAUAUUAGAUGUAUGUUAUAUGAAUAUUUUAGUGUGUUUUGGUGUUGAUUUAAGGUGGUUUUGGUGAUAAAAGAGGUAAGACAAAGAGGAGGGAGCCAACUUGAGAAGAUUAGCUUGAAAUAAGAAGGCAGCACUUCUAGGGAGGGAUGUUACAGUAAUGGGUUGUUGAGUCCUCGGUUAAUGGCGGGAAACAAAUUGAUGCCGUAGAUUUCAUUCAUGCCUUCAGCUUACUGAAAGCUUUCCCCCUGUUCCCCUCUUGAAGACAUACUUAAAGAUUUGAAGGAGAAACUCACAGGGAAAGGGUGUGAGUUCGGGUGGAGAUACUAGUGCACAUUUUAAUUUUCAUACUAAAGCAUAAUGAGUGACUGAUUCUCGGAAAUUCCACUGUAACUAAAUGCAAAAUGAGAAUUUUCUUUUCAAUACAGAUUGAUGUAAAUGCACAGGAACUUGCUGCUUUGAAAGGUGUAGUUAGUUGUGUCCAAGAGUAGAGGCUUGAACCUGACUAUCCUCUUGAUCCACUUCAGAAAAGGACUGAACAACUGGAGAGGUCGAAAUCUGAUAAGAAAAGGGGUGGAGGUUUUGGUAGACGUCAACACUUUGAGAAACAAAGAGCAAACUGAACAUCGUAGGCUUGUUCUGCCUGUUUUCUGAUCUGUCGUGCACUCGUGAGCAAGAUGCAACAUUUUAUUUGACAGGGAAGCAUAUGGAGGAAAACAAUUGAUCAAAGAAUAUGCUUUUAUCCCCAAGAUGUAGUUAUCAAAUGCAUGAUUUGUGUGCAACCUUAAUGAAUGUGUAGAGAAUUUAUUUGUGAGUGAAUAACAUUUUCCCUGACUGAGGCGAACUCUCCCGUUGAUAUGCUAAGUUAUUACCUUUUCAAUGCUUUUGUUUUGGUGCGAUCUCCAUUGAUCCUUAGUGAAUGACUCUAAUGAAUAUUCUUUUUAUUGAUAUAUGAUUUAGCAACCUUUCAAUUAACAGGCAAAUUGGUUGAAAGAUCAUCUUUUCUGUUCUC